AUGGAAUUGAGCUCGAUGGCGAUUCUCUAUCAUACCGUAAAAUCGAAUGGAGACGGGCGGGUUGUUGGGAAUUUUCUGAAGGACGAGCAAAAGCAGAUCCAGUCGUUGAAAGCGUUAGAAAAACAGUGGCGCCGUUUCGCAUCGAAACUCGAAUUUUCCUACUUUGCCGUCAACGAAACCGUGGCCCGUUUUCAAGAGGGGCAAGGGCUUGAUCAGAUCUAUCAGAAAAUCGAUUCGCACAAGUGGGAAGACGGUACCAACUACAACGACUACUUCCUGCUCUCCUACAGCGUGCCACCAAGGAUGAAGCGAUAUUCGGAGUACACCUACGCGGAACUGAUCAACAACCAGACCCUGAUUUUGCACAGAAGAAGCGGCAAUAUGGCGCCGGAACCUGCGAGCAGCAAUCGGGCUUGGUAUAAUUGGUACCCCGAUGAGCUUCAUACUAUCGAGAUGGAGAUUCGGGACAGUUUGGAUGAAAUCAACCCAGUUGGUAAGACUCUUGACGAGUUGGCGGAUAUUGUUCAUUAUAUGGUUUACAAGAAAUGUGGAAUGUGCCCGUCUGUAAUCACGAGUACGGAAGAUCCGAUGCCGCAGUUCUAUGCGGAGGGCAGCGAAAAAUCCCCGGCAGGCCGCAUCAUCAAGGCGCAAUGCUGGGCUGAUACUUCAUAUUCAAAAACAAAUGUUCACACUGGGAAUCAAGCCAAGCUGACCUGCGCCGGAGACUUCUGCGCAAAAUUUGUCUAUCCGACCGGAACCGAAUGGGGAUGCCCUGCACCUGGAGUGUGUACGAAAAACGGGAAGCAGAUAGACUAUACGGGUCCAAUAGACGCCACCGGAAAGCGAGCUACAGGAACGAUGUACUGCUGCGAUCGGGAGCUCUGUAAUUCCGCCGUUUCGUUUGAUGCUAAAAGGCUGGUCGACUGUCCGUCAAUGAGUUUUUGCGGAAAAUUGGUGUACGAGGGCGGUGUCGAGUGGGGUUGCAUCGAAAAGGAAGCUUAUUGUGUGGAUUCCAAAUCACAGCUACUAACGAUGUCACAUGACGGGCGGGAGGUGCUGUAUACCAAGACGAAAUCGCAUAGUGGGGAUGAGCACAAGAUUGAAUGUAUGACCGAUUUUUGUGCAAAGAGCAUAUUGGCGAACAGCAUGGAAAAUAUAGCGGCCUGGGGUUGUGGUAAUAUGCUAAUGUGUACCCUUUGGACGGUGUUCGAGAUCGUGAUCCCGCUACUCCUCGCCGCGCCCCUCGUCUUCGCGUAUCUGUCCGCGGAGGAUAAGCUGGCGCCUGUCGAUUAUCCGGCCAGCCCUGGGAUGUCCUGGCAACUCGACGGGAUGAAUCUGACUUGUGACGACGUCAUCUAUACCGGCCAAAAAGGGGUCGAGAACGCGACGAUGAGCCAGGUGAUGACAGGGCUUCUCACUCGACUUGGGAAGAAUAAAACGGCAACGUAUGCAGUAGAUUUAAAAACACUCGAAAAAGCUCUGGCCAGCAACGAAACCGUAGCCGAGGCCACGUGCAGAGUUGGCGUCGAAUUCAAAAAGCUCGAACCGAAAAAUGGGCAUAUCGACUACACGAUCUGGUUUCCGAAACCCACGGAUGCGAAGUGGUCUCGCAAAGAGAAAUGGGAGCCCACGCUCGACAAGGCUCCCCCGCCCAAGUAUCAGCUGACCGGCGCCCUCGGGCUACAGUAUGCCGUUGAUCAGUCACUGACCGCCUACCCCAUCAUUAUGGCGCUGUUGAUCUUCCCCAACGUCGUCAACCUGGCCCGGGCCAUCGCUUCGGAGGGAGAAGCCGGCUUGAAGGAAUACAUGGAGGUGAUGGGGCUGAGCGUGACCCAAUUCUACUCGGCUCACUGCUUGAUGGGGUGGCUGAAGGCGUUGCCGAUCUACGUCGUCUUGUGCUUCCCGAUUAUUCUUCAUCUGAAGAUGGUGCCCGCAAUCCUGGUCAUCCUCACCAUCUUUGUCUACUCCUGGGCGGCGCUGUCUUUUGCGCUGAUGUGUUCGUCCAUGUUGAAGACGUCGUCGGGUGUUUUUAGAGGAACGAUGCUCCUCUGGGCCGUCUCCUUCAUGAUCCCCAGCUUCACCGACGUCGAGCUCGACAGACCGUUCAAGACGUACAUCUACUCCCUCAACCUCAACCACGCCCUACUUGCCGCCGUCAGCGUCAUGGUUGGAUAUGAUCAACGAGGCAAACACCUCGGCUUCGGCGAGCUGUUCGAGCGCGGCAGCGCCAACUUCAACCUGGCCAGCGCGCUGAUAAUGCUCAUUAUCGAUUGUGUUUGGAUGCACUUGUACGCGUGGACGGUUGACCAGAGCCGAAAAGCCGAGGGCACCAAGUGGUUCAAGGAAUGGAUGAAAGAGAUGAGGGGCCACUACCACCUUGAGGGCGAGCAGGUCAAGCCGGAGGUGAGGAAGGGCCUUGUCGAUGAAGUUGACCAAGUUCGGUCCUCGAAAGUGGCCGAUAUUGAGGUGGAGUCGUUGACAAAGAAAUACGGGCUCACCGGCGGCUACGGGCUCAUUGACAUGAAUUUGCGAGCGACGAGAGGACAGGUUACUGUACUGCUUGGGCACAACGGCGCCGGCAAGAGCACAGCGUUCAACGUCAUCUGCGGCAAGACGAAGCCAACGUUUGGUACCGUCCACGUCGAGGGCCCCAUUGGCCUGUGCCCCCAGACAAACCCGCUCUUCGCGAAGCUGUCCGCCCGCGAGCACCUCUGGUUCUUCCACCACCUCAAGGGCUCAUCGGGAGACUGGGAGGAUGAGGCCGAGAGGCUGAUGCACGACCUCGACUUUUACGACGCCAAGGAUGAGCUCGCCCAAAACCUGUCCGGUGGUACAAAACGGAAACUGUGCGUAGCGAUGGCCGUCAUUGGGGAUCCGAACGUGAUACUUCUGGACGAGCCGACGGCGGGAAUGGAUCCUGGAGCGAGGAUUGCCGUGGAGAAAUUGUUGCAACGAGUGAAGAAAGAUCGCACCAUCCUCCUGACGACCCACUUCAUGGACGAGGCGGAGAAGGUCGGCGACUGGGUGACGAUCAUCCAGAGCGGCCGCAACAUCCUCAACGGCUCCCCGGAAUACCUGAAGAAGAAGUACGGCACCGGCUACAUUCUAACGGUCGUCGGAAGUCCGGUGGUGGACGGCGUGAUUCAGGAUACGACGGCUCGAGUGGAUUACCAGGCGGUGGGACUCUCGCUCUCUUUGUUGUGCAUCUAC